AUGGCCGUAGGAGACGAUCGAGAGAUCGGAAGCGAAGACGAUGACCUGAUUCGACUCGUACCGCCGCCUAGUCCGUCACCGUUAUCGUCGCAGAGGACGUCGUGGCUAGUUCCAUUAAUCGUUGUAACCAACGUGAUACUCUUCUCCAUCGCUAUGUUCAUCAACAACUGCCCUAAACAUUCAGAGUCUCACGCUCCCAAUCACCACUGCGUCGCUAACUUCCUCGGGAGACUCUCCUUUGAGCCUCUCCGGAACAAUCCUCUCUUUGGCCCCUCUUCUAACACAUUGGAGAAGUUAGGAUCACUUGAGUGGUGCAGAGUUGUGGAGAAGCGUGAAGCUUGGCGUCUCUUGACUUCUAUGUGGUUACACGCAGGUGUUAUUCAUCUUGUGACUAAUAUGAUCAGUCUUGUAUUCAUCGGUAUUCGCCUUGAGCAGCAAUUUGGUUUCGUUAGGAUUGGAGUUAUAUACUUAGUUUCAGGAGUAGGUGGAAGCGUAGUGUCUUCUCUCUUUAUCAGAAAUGGUGUCUCUGUUGGAGCUUCUGGUUGCUUAUUUGGCCUUCUUGGCUCUAUGGUUUCUGAGAUUCUUACAAACUGGACUAUCUACUCUAACAAGAUUGCAGCUCUCUUGACGCUUUUGUUUGUCAUUGUGAUAAACCUGGUCUUUGGGAUUCUACCUCACGUUGAUAAUAUGGCUCAUCUGGGUGGAUUUUUAGUUGGUUUUCUCCUUGGUUUUGUUCUGCUGGCUCGUCCUCAGUUCAAGUGGUUAGCAAGAGAGCAUAUGCAGCCACAAGGCAGACGUUUAACAUCCAAGUACAAGCCUUACCAAUACAUAUUAUGGCUCCUAUCUCUGGCUCUAUUGAUCACAGGGUUUGUGAUGGCGCUGGUGAUGCUAUUCCGAGGAGAAGACGGGAAUGAUCACUGCCACUGGUGUCGCUACCUACGAUGUAUCCCCACCUCAAGAUGGAGUUGUGAAGACGUCUGA